GCUGCGGGGAGGAAGCAGCGCGGUAGCGAAGUAGCAAGUUGCGAGGUUGCGAAGCGAAGGAGAACUAUCCGCGAAGAACGGACAGCGAAGCGACGAAACGACGGAGCAGCCAACCCUUAAGUGAAUACAAAGUAGAGGAAAUUCCGAAUUUACUUGGCCCUGCUUCGCCGCUCCGCCGCUCCACCGCUCCGCCUCCUCACCGCCCCACCACACAGAUGACACGAACGAGCGGGCAACUCUGCAAAUUCGUCUGCAGCAAGUGCAGCAAUAUUAUUCACCUGAACGAAGCGUGCGAGAUGAUAUUCAAAAAGGUAUACCCACAGUACGCCCAAAAGUACUAUCACAUGAAUGAGCUGAGCAAAGGAGGGGAGAGCGGGGCAGGUCCGGGACCCCACCUCCUAGACAAUCUGUACAGGCAGAUUUACAGCAACGGCUUAUGUGGGGUUAAUAAACAGAAGAACGAUUUUGCCAACAAGGAUGGGCUCAAGAACGUCUUGCAGUUUCUAAACAGGGGCAAUAUAAAGUGUACCAAGUGUAGCGCGGCGAACAUGUGGCACGCCAAGUAGCAAAGGAGGGAAAAACCACAGUGGGUACGGGCAACAACGAGGGCAUCCCCAAAGGGUGAUUCCCACGUUGGUCUCGCCCCGGCCGGUUCCUUUGAUUAGCAAAAUGGGUUACCGUGUGGCAAGAGAAGCGGGACAAAGCGAAGCGAAACAAAAACAUCAAACAGGGUGAAAAAGGGAGGCACA